GAUCCACUGCAUCUUGGCCAGCCUUGGUCAAGGAGGGUCCGAGGAGUUGAUAUUUGAGGGUUUCAGAUUCAUCCUCCGUGUCCUUAUUGUCGGGGCGCUCCUCGCCCGAAGGCUCCAUCAUUGUCCUUCGUGUGGAUGACACGGUGAUGAUGACGUUUUCCCGCCGGCACCCGCGAAGCAAUUAUUACCCAAAGGGGGCAAAGCUGUUAAAUCCGACGCCUGGCCACGUGACCACGCGUUUGGGUGUGUGAGUGUCUCGGGUUUCCCCGCGGAGGCUUCACGUGCAGUACCGCCGCUGUCAUUCUUUCACCCCAUAGCUUUCGUUUGGCGCCCAGCGAGUUGGUUUCAUCCGUUAAACCUCAUGUGGAUCCUCGAGUCCGAGGGUGACUUCCUCGAGGGGAAGCGCGUGUGGCUGCGCCCGGGCAAUAAGUAUCUUUUCGGUCGAGCCAGAGAAGACGGAGUACGACAUGCCAUCGCGAACAAGACAAUCUCACGAAAGCAUCUUCUGAUCGAUGUCUCACCUGUCAAGCCGGGCGACGGGUCGCAUAUUCACGCCAAGUCGGAAAUCACAGUCACCGAUCUGGGAUCAAAGUUAGGCACCAAGGUUGACGGCGAAAGGAUUGAUGGCAGUCUGAAGUUGAAAGGCGAAGAUCACGAGCUUCAGCUGGGACGGUAUGAACAUAUGCUAUGUAUAAAAUGGCAUCCUAUAGUUUUGAGUUUCUCCUUCUCGAGCAAAGAGCUCAGGGCCAGAGACCCUCUCGCACGUGUCCGCUCUCGACUGGAAGACCUCGAUAUCAAGACAAUCAUUCCCUACGUUGUUGAUCAGACGACGCACGUGGUCCAGAGUAAACGGAAUACGGCAAAGGGCUUGCAAGCAUUGGUAAACGCCAAGCAUAUCGUUCAGGAUACCUACGUUGACGCGCUGGUGUACGCUGCGACGCCUAGUGACCUGGACAGCCCCGGGUCGUUAUGCCCUCUCGAGGCCGACUUCGACUCAGCAUGGCCGGACCCAGCCGAGCAUCUUCCCCCUCCCGGGAAGGAGACGACCCAGCGGCCCAAGGAGGCGUUUGCGCCCAAUCCGGCCCGCUUGAGCAUUUUUGAAGGAUUCAUAUUUGUUUUUGGCGAUGCCACACAGAUGGAGAAUUUGGCAGAUGCCCUGACCAAUGGCCAGGGGAAGGUCUUACUAUAUCAGAUCGAGGAUGGAGUAACUACAGCUGAAGAGUUCGCGGAGUUCAUGAGGGACGCGGCAGGGAUCAAAGGGCUUGGAAGUCAGCGAGACAGCCCCGGCGGUGUGGUGCAUGUCCGAUAUCGUGCCAAGGGUCGUCACGAGGAGUGGUCUCUUGAGCUCAGUAAGCAAAUUGCACUACUGACCGGGCAGCGUGUGAUUGAGCAGAGUGAAUUCCUCGACGCAAUUCUGGGCAAUGAUGCGGCUCCGCUUUGUCAGCCCUUACUGGAGGAAGCCGACUCCAGUGACCACGCGAAUGCAGAGCCUACUCCUCAGCCUCCGCAAGGUACCCCUUCCAGCGAAACUGUGGCUAUUGCCGACUCACAGCCUCUGGAGGAAGCAAGUCAGCCGCUUGCCCGUAAAUCCAAGCCUCGGGUGCGGGGCUUCGUUAGUAAGAUGAAGACCUUUGACGAUGGCUUUGACAUCAACUCUAUCCCAAUGCAUGCGCCACCGGGGAACUCAGCAAUGUCACCGCCCCCGAUGGAGAUCGAACCUGCUUCGGCACAGGAGUCGCAGGCGCAAAGCUUGAACGAGGAAGAAGACGUUGUCUCUAGUCUUCUGCCAGGCUCUGCGGCCAUGAAACGUCGGCGUGCUGAAACAGUUCGACAGUCUGUGGACAAAGAAGCAACCCAACCGAAGGAGGAAUCCCCUCGCAAACCCAAGCGCCAGAAACUAGACGUGCUGGAGGCCGCCCGACAGCAUCGCGAAGCUGAAGAGGAUGCUGAGCGCCAACGCCGCGUUGCUGAAGAGGCAUCUUUGCAGAACUCCUUGCAAGAGGUCGAUAUCGAGAAGUUGAAAGGACUCGCGAUCGUGGAGGAGAUGGAUAUUAAGCCGCGGAAUGUCGACACAGAGGAAACUCGGUGGGACGAUCGGUGGAACGGGCGUAAAAAUUUCAAAAAGUUCCGCCGAAAGGGAGAUCCUAGUCAGCCGCGCUACCGCAUUCAGACCGUCAUCGUUCCCUUAGAAGAAGUCACCCGCAAAGAUUUUGGAGUGGGCGACCAUUACUGGGUGGGCGACAGCCAUCGAUCGACCGAGGCCGUCGUGGCGGACAGUCCCUCAGAGCCAGCGAUCACUCAGAGCGGUACGGUGGCGUCUCGCUCCCAGUCCUUAGCGCGCACAGACUCGGAGGCGGCUGCGCCUCGUACUCAGAAACGAUUGCGAGAAGAGCGUGAAGACUCCGACAGUGAUGAUGAACUUCGAUUCCGAUUUCGUCGUCGAAGAUAAUGCUGGUAGAUGUUUAAUUUCUUUCUUUUCUCCCCUUAGCAGGUCUCAGGGUUGUGUGCAGGGGUUAGCACCCGUGGUGA